AUGUCACUUACCAGACCAAUUACCAAUUUAGUCACAGAAAAUAUUGAACAUUUAUCUAAUACUACAGAUACAAAUAAUCUAACAACAAACAUUAAAAAUUCUUUAGAUGAAGUUGCGAACGCAAAGUCAUUUGAUUAUUUAAAAGCAGCUAAAAUUUUUUUAAUAAUUUGGAUGAUCGGUUUUUGCUGUGAAUUAAUCUACCUAAAUUAUAAGCUACUUUUUUCAAAGAAUAUAAGCCGCAGAGAUAAAGAAAACAGAAAUUUUGAUGAUGCCAGGGAAUUAGAAAUACUAUAA